GAAAGAUAUACAGUAUGUAGAUUGAUUCGUAGGUAUAUUUAUAUUUAAUAUGUGCGCGCGCGCGCUCGCGUGUGUAGACAGAAUCGCUUUUGUAUAGCUUGUGCGAGGUAGGUCACUCUCCACCCCCAACCGCUGCGCGCAUUAAAGCUGUAUGAAGAUGAGAAAGAGGAUUUAAAAAAAAAAAAAAAAUAUAUAUAUAUAUAUAUAUCAUCCAAAUGCAGCCUGUAUCUUGAGGAGCGGGCGGUGGUGGAAUCACGUUCAUCUUUCCAGCAUCGCCGCCAUUUCUGAAGUAGACGGUUUGUGCGUCUAGCCCUCUCUCUGUGCGAGUACGUAGUGACUGCAUGCUCGUCGUAGAAAGCAAUUCUUAAUAUCGACGUGAAUCACUGAAACACCUGCGAUUACCCACUGUUUUUUUGGGGGCGGGGGGGUGGGCGGUUGAAGUGGAGUUCCCCCUUUUUUGUUCGCUAGUGUCAUGAUUUGAAUCCAUUAUUUUGAGGUCUCUUAUUUCUAGUACUUAUUCCUUGCAUUUCGUACGGGCUAUGUCGACAAAAAAAAAAGACUCCAUUUUCCAGCGAUACGCAGUGCACCGAGGACUGUUGUGGACGAAGCAGCAGACUGGAGACUCUUAACAUCAUGGGGCUGGAUUAAACAAUCUGUUUUGGUAUUCUGGAUUGUCAUCUGUCAUCUCGCCCAAAAAUAGCAAAGGAAGGACAACAUUUUACUAUUUGGACUAUAUUGAAAUUCACAGGAAAAAAAAGAAAAAAAAGGAAAGGAACAGAGCGAUGGCUACAUUGAGGGAGCAUCUACGGAUCGGACAUCUCCUACUUCAGCCUAUUUCUAUGUGCAGCAAGAAAAUGCGAUACGUCGGUACGAAGCGUCGCACGAGUACCAGUAAAUGGUGCUUUCAAUGGCUGGCUGUCCUGCUAAUGCACAUGUGUGCUGUGAAUGCUGAGAAAAUGUAUGAAAACGACCCAGUGGUCACCACCACCAACGGCAAGCUCCGUGGGAUCAAGAAGGACUUGAACAAUGAGAUCUUGGGCCCGGUGGUACAGUUUCUGGGCGUCCCGUUCGCGGCUCCGCCGACAGGCGAGCGCCGCUUUCAGCCACCGGAGACGUUAGCGCCGUGGCCGGAUAUCCGCAAUGCAACGCGCUUUGCCCCGGUGUGCCCCCAGAACAUUGUGGAGGGCCGCCUUCCUGAUGUCAUGCUGCCGGUGUGGUUCACCAACAGUAUUGAUGUGGUGUCAUCGUACGUCCAGGACCAGAGUGAGGACUGCCUCUACCUUAACAUCUAUGUGCCCACAGAAGAUGGUCCCAUUACAAAGAAACACUCUGAUGAUUUAAGUGAUAGUGACCACGCAACAGAUGAAGACAUACGGGAGAGCGGAAGUCCCAAGCCAGUGAUGGUUUUCAUCCAUGGUGGCUCAUACAUGGAAGGAACUGGCAACCUGUUUGAUGGCAGCGUCCUGGCCAGCUACGGGAACGUGAUUGUCGUAACAGUCAAUUACCGCUUGGGUGUUCUAGGUUUCCUUAGUACUGGUGACCAGGCAGCCAAGGGGAAUUAUGGUCUGUUGGACCAAAUCCAAGCCCUUCGCUGGACCAGUGAGAAUAUCGCAGCCUUUGGUGGUGAUCCAUUGCGUAUAACUGUGUUUGGGUCAGGGGCUGGAGCCUCUUGCGUCAACCUUCUCACACUUUCUCAUUACUCGGAGGGCAACCGCUGGAGUAACUCGACAAAAGGUCUGUUUCAAAGGGCUAUCACCCAGAGCGGCACGGCGCUCUCAAGCUGGGCCGUUAGCUUCCAGCCAGCUAAGUAUGCCAGAGCGCUGGGCCAGAAAGUCGGCUGUAAUCUGGAGGACACGGUGGAGCUGGUCACGUGUCUUCAGAGAAAACAUUAUAAAGAGUUGGUAGAUCAAGACAUCCAGCCAGCACGGUACCACAUUGCCUUCGGACCCGUUAUCGAUGGCGACGUAAUCCCCGAUGACCCUCAGAUACUCAUGGAGCAAGGUGAAUUCCUUAACUAUGACAUUAUGCUGGGAGUGAACCAGGGUGAGGGUCUUAAAUUUGUGGAGCUGAUGGUGGACAAUGAAAAUGGUGUUCAGGCCAAUGACUUUGACUAUGCUGUGUCAAGCUUUGUGGAUGACCUCUAUGGCUAUCCAGAGGGUAAAGACAUACUCCGAGAGACCAUCAAGUUCAUGUACACGGAUUGGGCCGAUAGGCAUAACCCGGAGACGCGCAGGAAGACCUUGCUGGCCCUGUUCACUGAUCACCAGUGGGUGGCACCCGCUGUGGCCACAGCUGACCUGCACUCUAGCUUUGGCUCUCCGACUUACUUCUAUGCAUUCUAUCAUCAUUGUCAAACAGAACAGGUGCCACCCUGGGCUGACGCAUCUCACGGAGAUGAGAUCCCCUACGUGUUUGGCCUCCCGAUGAUCGGCCCGACCGAGCUGUUUCCCUGCAAUUUCUCCAAGAAUGAUGUUAUGCUCAGUGCCGUGAUGAUGACUUAUUGGACAAACUUUGCCAAAACCGGAGACCCAAACCAGCCCGUACCACAGGACACCAAAUUCAUCCACACAAAGCCCAACCGCUUUGAAGAAGUAGCAUGGACACGCUACAACCAGAAAGACCAGCUCUACCUGCACAUAGGCCUCAAGCCCCGAGUCAAAGAGCACUAUCGUGCCAACAAGGUUAAUUUGUGGUUGGAGCUGGUUCCUCAUUUGCACAGCCUUAAUGAUGCCACUCAGCUUAUUCCCACUACCACAAAGAUCUCCCCAUCGGGCGCAAGUAAUCGCACCCCAAAGCCAAAGGUUCUAGUGACAAAGAACCCCAACCCAACUCCCCUCCCAACUGAGAUCCAGAACAUCCACAAGCAACCUCAUUUAGUGGACCAGCGUGACUAUUCCACCGAGUUGUCAGUCACUAUCGCUGUGGGAGCAUCUCUGCUCUUCCUCAACAUCCUGGCUUUUGCAGCGCUCUACUACAAGAAGGACAAGCACCGGCACGACAUCCACAAAGACUGCAGCCCACAACAGAGUGCAACCAACGAUCUUGCUCAUACACAGGAAGAAGAGAUCAUGUCUCUUCAGAUGAAGCAACACACAGACCUGGACCAAGACUGCAGGCGGAUGCAGGGUGAUCCGCUAAAUCCUCACGACGUGUUGCUAAGGACUACCUGCCCGCCAGACUAUACUCUGGCCUUGAGGCGCUCACCAGAUGACAUCCCUCUCAUGACACCAAACACCAUUACCAUGAUCCCGAGUACUAUUGGACGUCUUACCUCCCUCCAAUCUUUCAACACCUUUCCCAGCACCCAACAAAAUAACACUCUUCCCCACCCACACUCGCAUUCCACCACCCGAGUGUAGUCCAGGGUAUCCAGCCACUCAAACAAGCAGGACUCUCCUAACUCACGCCGCAGUCCUGUUUGAAAAUCUCGAAAUACUCUUGUCGGCGGCUGACGCCGAACCACUGGUCAUAGUUAACGGUAUUAUUGAGGGAUACUUUUUUGGAAGACAAAAGUCCCCCAAAUGGAGAAGUACAAGAGACCUAGAUUAGGAGAAUUAGACUGUACCAUUACAAUAUAUUUUUCAGCAUUUUUAUUCGCAGCAAAAGAUUGAACUGUAUAAUCUAAUCGUGUUACAGUCUGCUUGAGGCUGAGUGACAUUGGAAUGGAUAUUCAAUGCACUGUAGACUACUACAGGGCAGAUUCCCAAUUCAAAGCAAUUUUGGCAUGUAUGAAUACAUUGUUUUUGUUUGUUUGUUUGUUUUUUUAGAUGAAGACAAAAACAUUUAAGGAAGCGUAUGCAAUAUGCACAAUGGAAUUCUAAAGAAGCUUUUCUUCUUGUAUUUUCAAGAAUCGUGAAAAUAAAUUAACGAAACAAUGUAUUGCUGCACUUUGAGCAUCAAUGCUUUAUAGUCAUUCAAUAGAAAGGGUGGGGGGCGGGGUCUGUUGCAGCAGGACUGAAACCAAGGAUAUGUCGACAGAGAUCUGGCCGACCGAAAGAAUAAGUAGAUUUUAACACGAUGUGUGCAUGAUGGUUUAUUUUCUUGAUAAAAUUGAAAGGAUCAUU